GUGACUAACCUGCCUGCAUUCCACAAGGUGUUAGUUUUUGUCUGUGUAAAAUCAGUUCCAGUCCCAUAUGUUUCACCAGAAGAACGCUUCCUUAUUGGUCGGAUUUGCCCAAGGCCAUAUCUUAUGUAUAGGUGCAUAGUCAGAUAUGGGUACAAGGAUAUUCAGAAGGAUGAUGGCGACUUUGAGAACCAACUCAUACAAAGCAUAGCAGAGUUCAUCCAGAUGGAAGCAGGAGAGCCUCAAUUCUCUGGUUCUGAGAGUUCCUCGUAUGAUGGGAGGAUGGCUGUUAUAAGCACCAGAAGCAUCCAAUCAAACUCGAGCUUAGUGAUUUCAGAGGUUGAAGAUUUUAGUGUUGGCAACUCCAUCCGAAGCAGCAAGUCUUUAACACUACAGAGUUUGCGUUCUGCAUAUGAUGAUGAGAAUGCACAGGUUAGGAGGCGGCAGGGUAAGAUCUCAGUUACCACCGAACCCUGGUAUGGAUCCAUUGGUAAGGGAGGAGCUGAUGGAUUUGAUUCAGGAAAAGGAAGCAGGGGUUGCGUACAUAAUGGGUCAUUCAUACGUGAAGGCAAGAAGAUCAUCGUCAUUUUUGAAAAAGCUUGUGAUUGACAUUGGGUAUUCAUUUCUUCGGAAGAACUGCAGGGGGCCUGCUGUGGCACUAAACAUCCCUCACAUCAGUCUCAUUGAAGUUGGAAUGAUAUACCAUGUUUAGUGGUUCUGAGUUUUCGUUCAAGGAACAUUAUCUAUUUUUGUAGAUAAUGACUGGCCCAAGGCUUUUGGAUAAGGGCCUUAGUACCUUGCUGUUUUUCCUAUUGUUCUAGUUCUAUUGAAGAAGGUAAUGCAGGUGAACUAGCUUGCAGUUAUCUCAUUUUGAAGUAGCUUUUUUCUUCCCCUUUUUUGAUUACCCGGCAUGUUCUCUAUAUAUCUUUCUGUGUUUUUGGUUGGCAAGAGGUAGAGUUUUUUUUUUUAUUUUUUUUUUAACAAAAAGAAAUGAUUAGAUUAUGUGUUAGUAUUUGUUGUUUUGUAAGAGGGUCGAACUUUAAAAUUGGGUGUAUUUCACCUGCUACCCAAUAAAAAAUGUAAUCACCACUUAACCACACAGGGAUUGGGCAAGAGGUAGAUUCUUAUUUGAAGAAAGUGAAAUGAAAUAUAGGAUGUACAGGGUCUUACCGUUUAUUUUACGUUAAUGAUACAAAUGUCUACGUGGAAUGGAAAUCAUGUGGUUCAAAAACAUUGCAGCACAGCCUGGUAGUUGUGGAAAAUAAAUGUAAUGUGGUGGCAUGAAUUUAUGAUGUUUGAAGCAGAGUUAGGCAGAAUUUCAUUGAUUC